AUGAAUUACCGGUUCAAAAACCUCCUCGGUGCGCCGUACCGAGGAGGUAACAUCCUCCUUCGCGAAGACACGAAACUCUAUUCGCCUGUUGGUAACCGCGUCAACGUCGUUGACCUGACGGCAUCGGAGUCGAACACGCUUCCGUUUCAAACGAUGACUGACGUGUCGCUCAUCGCGCUCUCCCCAGACGGAAACCUUCUAAUAGCCGUCGAUUCAGAUGGACGGUCCAGAAUGGUCAACGUGCAUCGUCGCGUAGUGCUCCAUCUUUUCAGAUUCAAGUUCCCCGUAGGAGCCCUCAAAUUCAGCCCGGACGGAAAAUUCUUCGCAGCAGGGGUUGGGCGACAACUUCAAAUCUGGCACACGCCUGAAAUGCGAAAAACCUUUUCUCCCAUGCGACUGUUCAAGUCGUUCUCGGGGGGUUACGACAAGGUCACGGCUAUUGAUUGGUCCCCCGACGGAAAGUGGAUUGUGGCCGCAAACAAGGAUCUAACGGCCAGGAUUUACUCCCUGGAUUCCCUCAAAAUGUACAAGCCGGUGCGGCUGACUGGGCACAAGGAUGUGAUUGUAGGCGCGUUCUUCUAUGGAGGGGGUUCCGCGAUCAUGACCGGCGCGGGCCCGAAUUUCAAACGGGCAGACGUGGCGCUGGGUUUAAGGGGAGGUUCGGGGCAGCAGGGGGGGCUGGGGGAGGGACCCGGGGGGGCGGAAAAGGCGCUGCGGAUAUACACGGUGUCGAAAGACGGCGCGCUGUUCUCAUGGUUCUUUGAUCCGCUGCACAAAGGGUGGCGGAGGCGGAAGGGGAAGGGGCGCAGGGCGGGUAGGGGGGACCAGGGGGAUAAGGGGUUUAAGGAGGAGGAGGAAGAGGAGGAGGAGGAGGAAGAGGAGGAAGAAGAGGAGGAGGAAGAGGAAGAGGAAGAGGAAGAGGAAGAGGAAGAGGAAGAGGAGAAAGGGGAGGAUGGUGAAAUGGAAAAUGAAGCAGAGAAGGACGAUGAGGAGCAAGAUGAGGAAGAGGAGGAGGAGAAGGAGGAAGUGGAAGAAGAGGAGGGGGGUGAGGAGGGGAAAGAGGAGGAGGGGGCAGAUGAGGAGGAGGAGCAGCCAAGAAAGAAAUCACGGCUGGCAGAAAAGGCACCUACACCACCCCCCCAUGUCCGCCGGGACUUCCGAUUGGACGAGGGCAAGUGGCGCCUCGAGGCGAAACAUUUCUUCAUGCUGCCCAAGGCGCGCCUCACCUCCUGCGACCUGCACAAGCCCACCAAUCUCCUCGUCGCGGGCUUCUCUUCGGGCAUCUUCGGGCUUUACCAGCUGCCCGAGUUCUCCACCCUGCACCUCAUGUCCAUUUCACGAACCAAAAUCUCCUCCGUCUCGUUCAACGAGGCAGGGGACUGGGUGGCAGUGGGGUGCGCUCGCCUGGGGCAGCUGCUAGUAUGGGAGUGGCGCUCGGAGACCUACGUGAUGAAAGUCCAGGGCCAUUUCUACGAUGUUAGUUGCGUUGCGUUCUCCCCGGAUGGCACCCGUGUGGUAACCGGGUCGGACGAUGCCAAGGUGAAGGUCUGGAGCCUCGCGUCGGGCUUCUGCUUUGUAACACUAGCCGAGCACACCGGUCCGGUUACCGCCGUUGCCUUCCUCCCAUCCGGCGGCGCGGGGUCGGCGGCGGCGGCAGCAGCGGGCGGCGGGGGGGGCGGGGCAGUGGUGAGUGCGUCGCUGGACGGCACGGUCCGUGCGUUUGAUCUGCUGCGGUACCGCUGCUUCCGCACGCUCACCACGCCGCAGCCCGUGCAGUUUGCGUCGCUGGCCGUGCACCCGUCAGGCGAGGUGGUGUGUGCUGCGAGUCAGGACGACUUCCAGGUGUACGUGUGGAGCAUGCGCACUGGCAGGCUGCUGGAUGUGUUAUCGGGGCAUGAGGGGCCCAUUCACAGCCUCUCGUUCUCUCCCACGCAGGAGCUGCUAGCGUCAGCUGCCUGGGACAGCACGUGUCGGCUGUGGGACGUGUUCGAGGCCAAGGGCGGCACGGAGCCCCUCCUGCACGCGCACGAGGUGCUCGCGCUCGCCUUCCGCCCGGACGGCCGCCAGCUGGCCACCGCCACGCUGGACGGCCACAUCCACCUCUGGGACCCGCUGGACGGCGAGCUGCAGGGGACCAUCGAGGGGCGGCGGGAUCUGGUCGGCGGGGCGGCGGGCGGCAAGGGCGGGCGGGGUGCUCUGCGGCUGGGGGAUAAGAGCUUCCGGAGUCUGUGUUACUCGGCGGAUGGGUGCUUCUUGCUGGCUGCUGGGACGAGCCGAUACGUGUGUCUGUAUGACGUGGCUGAGAUGCUGCUGCUGCGGCGCUACCUGAUAACGAGCAACAAGUCUCUCUCAGGCGCAAUGGACUCACUCAACCCACACCGCAUGACGGACGCGGGCCCGCUGGACAUCCUCGAUAUAAGCGACUCCGAUGUGGACGACAACGAUCUCGACGACUCGCACCGCCAGCGCCGCCACUCGCUGCUCGGCUCCGACCUCCCCGGGGCAGCGAGAAACGGCAGCCAGCACCACCCGGAGAUCCGCGUGAAGGCAAUCCAGUUCUCGCCGACCGGGCAGUCCUGGGCGGCCGCGACAACCGAAGGGCUCGUGGUGUUUGGGUUGGAUGAAGGCGUUGUGUUCGAUCCAUCGGAUCUAGACAUGGAUGUUACGCCUGCGGCUGUAGUGGCUGCUACAGAUGCUGGGCUGCACGCGAGGGCGAUACAGAUGGCGCUGCGGCUGAAUGAGACGAAGCUGCUACAGGACGCGAUGAUGGCUGUGCCGCCCGAGCGGCUGGGUGCAACAGUGUCAGCCCUGCCGAGGAAGCGGCUGGGAAAGGUGGUUGCGGCUGUGGCAGCAAUGCUGGAAGGAAGGCCUGAAUUGGAAUUCGUGCUGCUGUGGUGCAAGGAGUUGGUGCUGCAACACGGCAAGGCUCUCGCUCUGCCGCCCGGCACGCCGGGGCGGGCGGCGCUGCGGCCGCCCAUGCAAGCACUGUCACGGGCGCUGACUCAGAUGCACGAUGACCUGGCGCUCUCCGCCUCGUCCAAUCAGCACCUCCUGCAGUACCUCGACUCGCUGCCCGCUCCCCCCGUUGCCACCACGACUACGUGA